GAUCCUAGUGGGAGCGCCGGAGGAUGAGCGCUAUCCUCCCAAGCACUACAACAUCUCACGGCCCGGCGCGGUGUACCGCUGCGAGCCUGGCCGGAGGUCCUACUCCUCUGAGGGUCAUGGCCAGCGGGCGCUUGAGCGGUGCGCGGAGAUGGUGUUUGAUAGAACUAACAUGAAUCUGGUGGAUAAGCAAGGUCGUCAGAUCGAAGAGAAGUCCCACCAGUGGUUCGGCGCUACUCUCACCAGCACCGGGAGGAACGGGCCCAUUGUCGCCUGUGCCCCUCGCUACGUCUCCUACGUGUCAGCCAAGAUGAACCAGCGAGAUCCUGUGGGAACGUGCUACGUCGCCAAGACAUCCAACGCUGCCACCACCACAGAGUUCUCGCCUUGCAGGACUUCUAGCCACGGACAGCGCAAGACUGGUGUGUGUCAGGCUGGAUUUUCCGCCUCCAUAUCUAAGGAUGGCCAGCGUUUAUUCAUGGGUGCUCCGGGAAGCUUCUAUUGGCAAGGACGAACAUUUUCAUUAGAACCGAACGAAAAGUUCCACUACUAUAUGCCGAAAAUACCGGACGAAGGUCAGCUGAUUUCUCAGACCAUGAAUGGUCGGCCAGCACUAAUCGCCACUCCUGAAUCCAAAGCCAUGUAUGAUGAUUCUUACAUGGGAUAUUCCAUCGCUGUGGGAGAUUUUGCCGGUCAAGGAAUCCAAAGCGUCGCCGUUGGUGUACCCAGGGGAGCUAACUUAAAGGGUUUGGUUGUCCUCUACACAUGGGAACUGCAGAACAUAAAGAACAUCAGCGGGUCCCAGAUCGGCGCUUACUUCGGCUACAGUCUUGCCUCCGGAGAUAUCGACGGCGACGGCGCUGAUGACGUCAUCGUUGGAGCUCCUAUGUACACCAAAACCAGGAGCGAUGGUUACGAACAUGGAAGGAUUUAUGUCAUCUACCAAGGAACUGAUAGGUUAUUUGCCAAAAGCCACGCCAGGACCGGUGAGAUCUCUCGGGGCAGAUUCGGUUUGGCUGUCACCUCUUUGGGAGACAUCAACUACGACGGAUUUGGAGAUAUAGCAGUAGGCGCGCCGUACGGAGGUCAGAAUGGUCGCGGUGUAGUCUACAUCUACCACGGCAGCGAGCUGGGUAUCCUCGAGAAGUACUCCCAGGCCAUCACGGCGGAAGAGAUCUCCCCGACCUUGAGCACCUUCGGCUUCUCAUUAUCUGGAGGCGUCGAUCUGGAUAAUAACAACUAUACUGACCUCGCUGUUGGCGCUUACAAGUCGGACAGUGUUGUGUUUUUGAAAUCCCGUCCAGUGGUAAAAGUAACAGCUGACGUCAAGUUCAUGGGUGACAGCAAGCUGAUCUCUUUAACAGACAAGCGCUGCCACCUCUCCAACGGCACUGAGGUGGCGUGCGCAGAGCUCAUGUUCUGUCUCACCUACACCGGAGUUAAUGUAGACCAGCGGAUCAAAUUCGAGGUGACCUUAGACCUGGACUCAAGGCAGAAAACGAGCAAGCGCCUGUUCCUAGCAGAGACCCAUGAGACCACGUACAAGACGCAGAUACUACUGACCCAAGGCCAGCAGGAAUGCAAGGACGUGAUGGUGUACUUGGAUGAGGAGAUUAGAGACAAGCUGACGCCCAUCGAGGUGAAGAUGUCGUACGACUUGAUCAAUCAGCCGUCCGGCGACGUGGUGCCGCCCGUGUUGGACCAAACCAGGAGCAACUUCCACACCGACUCAUUGAAUAUUCAGAAGAACUGCGGACCUGAUAAUAUCUGCAUACCGGAUCUUAGGAUGUCUGCUACUACACCGACAGUAAACUACGUCCUAAGUUCCGGAGAAAACAUUAACAUUGAUGUCAAAGUGGAAAACGCUGGCGAAGAUGCCUUCGAAGCCGCCUACUACCUGAACAUACCCGCUGGAGUCACAUACGCGAAAAUGGAGAGACUUGACAAAGAUAACGCAGAGACUCCCAUCUACUGCUCCAUUGCUAAUAGAGAAGAUGGUGGAAACACUACUCUGAAAUGUGAUCUUGGAAACCCCAUGGCUAGUGGACAGAAGGUGCAUUUCCGUGUAAUUCUGGAGGUGGACUCGCGAGUGAUGUCUCUGGAUUUCAACAUGGAAGCGAACUCCACCAACCCGGAGCCGCAGGAGACCGGCUACGACAACAUCAAGCACAUGGUCAUCGGAGUUGUCGUGAAAGCACAACUCUCCAUAAUUGGCACAUCUGACCCCCCAGAACUCCACUAUAACGCGUCUCUCUACGGUACUCAGAACCUCAAAGACGACACCAAAUGGGGACCCCAAGUCCUACACAAGUACAACAUCAAGAACGAAGGACCCUUCACCGUUGAUGAAGCGGAGAUCUACUUCAUGUGGCCGAAUCAGACGCUCGACGGCGAGAACAUAAUGUUAGUACAGCCGCAGUGGCUCGGUAACGUCCAGUGUGAUGUAGCAAGACUCAAGACAGUUGAGAAUUUAUUUGUACAGAACCCUUACGCUUUCAUGCUGGUGAAGGAAAAGGAAGCUAUGCAGAGCAAUGGACUUUACACCGCUUCACAAUUAUCCGGCGGCAUAGGACACUCUGGACAGACUUUCUGGGUAGAGCACUCCAGCAGCGGUGGCGUUGUUAUUUCACAAAGUGGAGGUUCUAUCUCUGGUAGCCAUUUCGGAGCACAAGGAUCGUCAGGACAUUUCAGUGGAAGCAGCUCAGGUCAUGUCAGUGGAAGCUCAGGACAAACUGGGACGCAGUUCACUACCAGCCAAAGUUCGGGUGGACAGUUCAGUGGUAGCCAAAGUGGACUCAGUAACCAAGGAAGCUUCAGUGGCCAAAGCGGGCAAGGCGCCCAAUCUGGUAUAACAUACGUUUAUAAUAAGACUUGGAGCAGCUCCAGUGGCGAAGGUCUGACAGCCGAAGAACAAGAGCAAAUCAAGAAGAAUCUAGCAGCUAUGGCACAGGGUGGUGUGAACACAGGAUUCACUGGACAAGGCACAUACGUACAAGGAGGUUCCCAGGGUAGCUAUGUACAUGGUAGUGCUCAGGGAUCGCAAGGCGGUUAUGUUCAGGGUAGUGCUCAAGAUUCACAAAGUGGAUACGUCCAGGGUAGUACUCAGGGCUCUCAAGGUGGAUAUGUCCAGGGUAGCACGCAAGGUUCUCAGGGUACUUAUGUCCAAGGUGGCUCUCAAGGAACUUUCAUUCAGGGUGGCUCUCAAGGCGGUUACGUCCAGGGAGGAUCUCAAGGCUUUGUACACGGAGCUGGUCAAGGAGGAUAUGUAAAUGGAGGCAGAAUUGUAAAAGUGAAAAACAGGACUAUUGUCUACGAUCAGAACCAUAAUAUCAUAUCCCAGACGGAAACUAGCACGGAGUAUGGAAAACUUGGUCAUGAAGGCGAGCCUGGAAGUUCUUUCCAUCUUUACGGCAACGAAGGUGGACAGCAACAUAGUGCAACCUUCGCCCAUGGCUCCGGAGGUAGUGUCCAGACCUCUGGCCAAGAUUACUCCCAGGGAGGCCAGGGGUAUGUCCAUUCAGGCCAAUUCGGUCAAGGAAAUCAGCAAUUUGCACAUGGAUCGGGAGGCGAGCAAGCCUUUAUCCACGGGUCUUGGGGAACAACAGAAACUGUCAACCCCGAUAUAAUGAAGGCCAGUUCCUCGACCUUCAGAGGAGCAUCCACUGUGACUGUUGUCGGUGAUGAAGAGGAAGACAAACUUGAAGGGUUUGGAGCGUAUGCGGCCAGCAAUCCAAACAAUGAGUUUAGAUACGGCAUUGCUGACGUCAGUGGUGCUUCAGGGUCUGCUCAAAGUGGUCACCAAUCUGGAAGCGGUAGCUACCAGGCCAGCGGAGGAAGCUACCAUGCUAGCGGAGGCGGCAUGCAAGUCGCAGGUGGCGGUAUGCAGGCCGGUGGUGGUGGCAGCUAUCAAGCUGGAGGUUCCAGUAUGCAAUCCGGAGGCGGCAGCUUCCAGACCGGUGGUGGAAGCUACCAAUCAGGAGGUAGUUACCAAGGUGGCGGUGGAUCUUGGAGCAGCGGAUACUCCUAUUCAUCGAGAUCAGGUGGAGGUUCGUCCUAUAACUCUCAGUCCAGCGGCGGCUACGGCUCAGUGGACAGCCGGCGUGAGAACACGAGGAGGAGACGGCAGACUGAACAGGUGGACCCUAAACUAAAGGAAAUAUUGGAGAAAUGCGAAGAGAAGUACAAAUGCGAAGUACUGCGGUGUACGACCGGCAGAUUGCUGAAAGGACAAGAAGUUUGGGUCGCUCUUAGGUCGAGACUGAACGCGUCUGUACUUAACGAGAUCUCGAAGGACCGACCGGUGGUCCUGUCAACUCUGACCGCCACGCGCGUCUCCCGGCUGCCCAUGGUGGGUCGGCCGAAGGACACGACAUGGCAGACGGCGGAGGCGAAAACGACGGUCACUCCUCAGCUGGAGGCUCUGGACUCGGGAACCAUCCCUCUGUGGGUGGUGGUACUGGCGGCUGUCGUCGGUGCGCUGUUGCUGCUGUUACUUAUCUUCGCGCUGUACAAAUGCGGAUUCUUCAAGCGCAACCGUCCCUCGGACCACGCCGAGCGCCAGCCGCUGAACGGGCGCGACGAGCACCUCUGAUAUCCGACCACCGACCUCGGCUUCACCAGCGACACGGCCGGCACCAGUGACCUGCCGCCGACCUCCCACUCCUCGUCACCAUCAGACAGCUCCUCGACAGAUGCCGCUAGUGAUGUCACGAGUCGCGAUUCCACCAGCCUCGACAGAUACUGACAUCAUAAACUAUUGGUUUAUAAAUUCUAAAUUGCUGGUGAAAAUAACAUUAUAAUUGAUGGAGUUUUGUCAAAUGGUUUUUACAAUGACGACGCAACUUGGGGGUGGAAAUUUUUGUCCACAAUAAAGUAUUUCAAAGGCAAUAAGUCUAAUUAAGGUGCGCAAAAUAUUCCAUAUUAGCGACUAUUUAUUACUGAGUUUUCAUCAUUUCGUGACAUGAAGUUAGUGUAACAGUUUUACCUCAUGAUAUGUCGAAAUCGUGGCUCCUUAAUCAUUUUCGUAGUAAAAAUGUUAGAAGGAGCCUUUAAAAAUCAGAUCGUAAUAACAUUACUAGUCACCGUCAAACACAUUUCGGUAGCCAUUUAGUGAUUAGUGGAAGAGUUGGAAGUGUAUUAUAACGUAUAAUGUAAAAUAAUUCCCGUUCUCUACUAUACUUAAUUCUAAAUCCUAAAAUCUACAGCGGGAAUUAUGUUACACUAUAAAAUAGAAUGUGAGAAUCAAAGUGUGAUAAUGUAAAAAGUGUGUCUACGUUAAGGUAUGAGAGUUGUUGAGAUUUGUGAUUUAAGUCAAUAAUAAUUAGAUACGUUUUACUAAAUGAGUUUAGGUAUCAUAGAAUGGUUGCUAUUGACGUUUUAAAACAUCAUUUUGGUAGAGCACGUCCGGGUAAAAACAUUGGACUUAGAAAUCUCGUGUAGUAAAGUUAUAUAUUUCAGAUAUUACAUCGUAAUUCUAAUUUUUACUAAUAAGAACGCUUAUAUUAAACUAAGGAGGCAUUAUCUCACGUUCUUUAUAAAUAUUAAAAACAAAACUUCACUGCCUUACCUUCAGAUAUAUCCAAACGAAUUAAUUUAAUUAAAUUCUAAGUAUCCGACAGCUAAAGUUCCAAUACAGACUGAUUUGCAAGAUUAUAUAGAUAUAUAUUAUAAUUCGAGUAGAUUUGGCAAUAAUUAUUUUAUUAGUGAAUUUGAUAUGUAGAGUAACGCGAAUAUAGAAGUGCCUUAUGCAAUACAUAUCUUGGUCGUGCUAAUUUAGAUAUGCUUGAACUACGUGCCUUCUGCCAGUAACUAAUUAAUGUAAAUACGUUAAGAGUUUUAUAUUAGUAUUUAUGACAUUUUUUCACAGAAAAAAAUACGUAUACUUUUUGGCCGCAAGUGUAAAAAUAUUUGUAGAACUAUGUACUUAAUAUUUUUUUGAGUGAGAUGUGUAUUUUAAAUAUUUACGAAAAAUAAAAAAUUAUAUGAAAUUCAAUGUCAUGAGAGUAGUUUGAUAAUAAUUCUGUAGUCAGUCAAUAACUAUGUUAGAAAAAUGUAGUAAUUAUUGUAAAUGAAGUAACAAAAAAAAUUAAGAAAAUCUGUGGAAAAAUGACACCAUAUUAAGCCAUUGUUACAUAAUUGUAAUUAUUUUAUUUAUUUUAAUUGUACAACUAAGUUCAUCGCUUCGAUUUAUAGUUAAUUUUAUAACUAAAACUUAUUGAUGCCGUUUACUAUAAUGGUAUAUAUUUUGGUUGUUUUACAUGUCUACGUAAUAAUUUCUUUUCAUUUGCAUUUACCAAAAAAAGAAAUUUUAAUAAAUUUUUGUUUUUAAUUUA